CUAUAAACAAUUUUCACCAACACCCCUCUGUUUUGGUAGUAAAUUCCAGUAUGGAGGAGUCCACUUGGCCGAGCUAGUUUCUGGUGUCGGAUUACAUCUAUUACUACGUCGCACAAGGCUGUUCUGCUACCAACAUUUUGCCCCAUCUUGCCCGCAAGAUUAUCGGAGAAACGUCAUCGCGCUCCGCUGAUGGUUUGGCCGCGUUCUCUAAACAAACCGUCAUUAUUCAUCUGGUGAGCUUACGUCUUAGAAAAUUACUUUCCCAUGCAUUCGUCUGACGAAUCGUACGUUGCUAGAGUUUGUGUUUUUGCUUGCUCUUGAACUCUUAAUUUGUUGAAUAAGGACGAGUUGAAUGCAGAUAAACAUUCUUGAGGGCAUCUUCUAAAAUCAUUCGUGAGCUAAAAUUGAGGAGGAGGAAGCGAAAACACAAAGGAUGCUGUGUGUGGGUUGAUGAUGCACCAACGUUUACGGGACCACACAUUCUUUCGUGUUGAGUCGAGCAAAAGAGUCUAGCCUAGCGGAAAGUCAGCGGCAGUGUCCAGGGACACAUUCAUUCACAAUCGGGCUCUACUUUCUGCACCAUAAAUCUUGGAUUUUCUUUUGAAAAGACUUUCGCUAUUCAAAGUGAGCUCCUUGAGAUUUUUCUUUGAUCGACGAUUUGAGCUCGACUUGCAAGAAUAGAGGAACCACUUUUCCUCGUCAGCUAAGUGUAGACAUGGAGUUGAAUGAGUGUGACGACGUGAAACAGUAGCCUUGCAAAUUUGUGGCCAUUCAUGGGAAAAGACUGAAUUUCCAAACAAUCGCAAGAUAAAGAGGAGUUCUUUCACUCACAGAAUUAUCUGGAAUACGAUGGACUAAAUAUUGUGCAACCUGUGCCUAACAGUUUCAAUAUGUUAAAGCCACGAUUUUACAUCAAGGGCCUUUCUGGCCUCCUGUCACCAGGGAAGGAGAAGAAGGGCAAAGAAAAUGAGACUAAUGGGAAGACACAUCCUGUAAAAGCAACCCACUUUGACUACAUCACCAAACCAGGUAGCAGCAACGGUCGAAGUAGCAGCAACGGUCGAAGUAGCCCGGAGCGCCAUCGAGCCCCCAAACAACACCAAUCACAGGGCCAGGGCCACUCUCGCAGUAGACAAGACCGUCCACCCAGAGACGACAGAAGAUAUCGUCACUCUGUAGGAGACUACAGGAAUGGUUCCUCCACUAUGCAUCAUCAUCACACUCGACAAGGCAAUGAACGGAGGUACAGCCGGGAAGAUGAUGAAGAGCUCAUGCGGAUCAACGGUCAGCGGCAGAGGUACGAGGACAGAGGGGAGAGAAGAUCUGGAUCUCUGCCCAGCCACUAUUCUCAGGACAGCAGAAGCAAUAGCAGAGGUGGAUCACUUCCAGGACAUUAUGGCCAAGGGUCUCCUACAGCUCUUCGUGGACCACCCAAACCACCACGUCGACAGGAGUCCCUCAACAGAGUUCAUAUUCCCGAUGGACCAGACACUGACUUCACUACUUCAGCCAGUGAUUACGAGAUCUGCAGUCCUUCUUCUGGAUCAAGCAGUCCAAUUAAGAACUGGAAUGUGAGUCCUCUAGUUGGUCAAAGCUCUUCCGGUUCUAAACACGCGAGAGAAAGGUCAUGGUCUCCAACUAAAGAGUACUCAAGUUCGCCUCCAAGGAGACAGAGACCUCCGGAUAGAAAGCAGAAACAUGACAUCCAACAAUAUGACCACACUGAUCACUAUGGAAAGCGUGAUAGGUCUCCAGAGAGAAAACAAAGAUAUGACAACCGACAGUAUGACCAAAGUGGUCAAAGUGGUCACUAUGGCAAGCGUGACCGGUCUCUGGACAGAAAGCAGAAGCACUAUGACAAUCAAAACCAUGAACGUAAUGGUGAUAAUUAUGGUCAGCGAGACAUGUCUCCGGACAGGCGGCAAAAUCACUAUAGCAAUCGACAAAAUGAACGCAGUGAUCACUAUGGUAAGCGAGACAUGUCUGUGGAAAGACAAGGUGUGGAGUAUUCCAGGAGCCCUCAGUCGUCAUCAAAUGGAUAUCAAGUGGAUAGCAAAAUCAAACAGUCAUCGAGUGACCCAUAUAGUCCUAGUCCUAACCAGUAUGGCCACUCUUCAAGCCCUCAUGACCAAUAUUCUUUUGAACCCACUUCAACUGCCUAUGGAGAAGAUUAUCAACAGAGACCUUACAAUCAACAGCAGAAGCAAAAGGUGAAUUCUGAUCCAUAUGGAAACUCUUGGAUCAAAGAAACAGCCACAGCCACAGUCCAGUCUAGACCCACCAGUAAUGCAAGACCCCUCGUAUUGCCUCAAAGUGACAAAGUUCCAGAGGCUCCAAGACCAGUGUAUCGAAGUGAUGGAGAGAUUGACCUCAGAGAGCCCACGUACAAGAAGUCCAGUGAACCUGACAUGUUUGCGAUCCACCAAGCUCCCCCUUCACACAGCUACCCCUCAUCCCCAGCCAGUAAAACAAACACAACAAAUUUCAACUACUAUCCAGAACUUUAUACAGAGUCCAAACCCAGAGUAACGCAGAGGGAGGAACCAAAUCAGCAAGUUAGUCAGAUGCAGCCAAAGCAAUCAAACUCACUGCGAACAGUACGGGAAGUAAAAGCCUAUGACCAGCACAUGAAGAAAUUCAAACGACCAACGAGCCUUGGUGGUGUUCCAAGAGAGCUGCAGAACACAUUCAGUCAAGAAAGACCAAGGAGUGCCAUAGACCACCCUGCUUCAGAUGAUGGACUUUAUCCAAGUUUAGAACGGUCUAGAAAUUCAGCAUUUGGAGUAGCUGCAGGAUCCCCAAAGCAUCCUAAUGGGGAUUCCUUCUACAAUAAUCAGUACGGGGUUAGCACCACCAACAACAACAAUCACCAAUAUUCUGAACCUAUGAAACAAACAAGUCAUACCAAUGGAGGAUAUGGCAUAAAUAGCUACCAGAACAACCAGCCAGAGACCUACAAUAACACAUAUGACACAAAGACGGCACCUUCCCUUCCAAAGGACUGGCCCACCGACUAUCCGGCACGUAUGACAGUAAGGUCACCAGCCUCUACGGAACCCGAGAAUUCAGUCAGUUCCAUAAAGCAAGUGGAUUCUGGGAAGCAGACUAUCUUCUGCCUGGUUUCUCAAGUGGUACCUACUUCACCUAGUCCAGAGAUAAGUCCAGGACCAAUGCAAAGAGAGUUUGUAGAGAUAGAAAAUGGAAAAGUAUCGCCAGUUAUGAAACCACCUAUAAACUUGUCCAAACCACCACACCACCAAUACAGUCAGAGCCCUGUGCGAAAUGGCUACUCCCAGCACGGAAGUUACUCCCCAGUCAGGUCUCAGAUGGAAUAUCGAGCAAACCAGGGAGAUUCAUCCUGGAAACCACAGCCAGAGAAGCAUGAUCGGAGACAAAGUGCCCAGAGCUUAUUAUCUCAAGAUAGCUCAAUGGGCAAUGAGUCUGAUAUCUACUCCAGGCAAAGACGAUCAGCUGGCUACACCCAACAAGCUUCCUAUCAAGCUCAGAAGAUGAUACCCUCACAGAUAGCACAGAAAAAAGAGCCAAUAAACUACGCAAAUCCUAGGGAUAGUUUCAGAGGAGCUAGCCUGUCUUCAGGGUAUCAUUCUAGCCCAGAGUUUGAAAGAGAACAAAACCAACAAGCACAUCAACCCGAGAAAUUGUUUUACGACAGAGAGAGAUUUUCUGACACUGAGUAUCGUAUUGGAGGUACAGGGAAAGAAAGCGAAUUAGAAGAUAUACCCAUUGUACCUAUCAAAGAUCUUAUAAAGAAAAUCAACAGGGAUGUUGAAACGAAUGGUGGCCUCGACCUGGUCGUACCUAAAAGGCGACCCUCAGCUGACCUGAAGAGUAUAUUGGUGAAAGAUGCCCAGGAAUCCAACCAACUUAUCAAAGAUGACACAUGUUAUGGCAAACGAGCUGCCCAAAGGGAUUUCAAAGAGACUCAGACUCAGACAGUUUCAGGAAAAGUGCAUAGUCUCCCAUCUGCAUAUUACAAUGAGCAGUAUAUUACAGCAACUGCCGUACCUUGUGAAGUUAUUGAAACAACAGAAAGGAAAACUAAAGCAACUGCUCGUCCAUUAUCCGCUGAGCUUCCAGUCACCCGUAGUAUCUAUCGAGAGGUUGAAAGCAGACCAGACAUCAAGCAAGAAAGUCCAGAAGAAAGUGAAGAGGAUGAUAAGCCUAUCAAUGCUAAAGAAAGAAGGGCAUACUUUGAGAGUUUGAAGCCUCUCUCAAAAGAAGAGGAGAUUUUGAGCGUAGCUGGCAAUAUGAACAAUAACCAGACUGAAAUACCAGCAAGCAAUAACCAGCAGAGAGGAGCUUCCCUGCCCAAAGCAAUGUAUGGCAGCAUUAAGUGGCCCAAAGACCACACUCCUAGGGAACCAGAAAUCAAAAAGCACACUGUUAAACAAAACUUCAAUGAACCGCUCAAGGCUUUUAAAGCCCAGAAAAGCCCAUGUCCUGUUCGCCAAACUGAAGUCUACUCUGAUGACGAUCAAUCCAAACCUGAUGAGAGGCACGCUUACUAUGACCGACUGAGACAGCGUGGGCAAGGUGCAGGCCCAGGAUUAAUGGGAAGAAGGAGCCAAAGUCUUCCUAGGCUCAAUUCUAGUGCUAGAGAUGAAAAACUGGAGAGUUCUAAGAUGUCGGGUAUGCCUGUUGAGUUAACCAAUGGGGAUUCUGGUGCCAAGCGUUUGUCCAUGGGUGCACAACUGUUCCAGCAGAAGAAAAUUGAGAUGGAACGUCAUAACAAAAAGCAAGAAAUUCUGGAGAAGGUCAAGAGCCAGCUGAAAAUGCAGCGGGCAGGUAGUGAUCCAAAUCUGGCUCGAAAAGAUGAGGAGAAUGAUGCUAUUUAUUCGCUUGAACAGAAUAGGCAUCUGUUGGCGACCCAUGUUGCAGGAAAAAGGAUUCGAGGAAGGGACAGUGCUGACUUUGAGUUUGCCUUGAAUCAGCUACAAACCAUUCACACUGAGGCUGAUCAAGAUGCAGAUGAUAUCCUCUAUCCCCAAUACUACAGACCAUUUGAUCAUCGGGCUGCAGAGAUUCCAUUGCUCGCUCAGAAGGUAGCAGAACUCCAGGAGCUACUUGGUGUCCAUGCCAGUCCAGGGUCCGGCAAACAGCGUAAGAAGGGGAAGAGAGCAACAUCAGAUGUUUCUGAAAUGAUACCUAAUCCGUAUGGGCCUGAUGAUGGAGAACUGCAAGAGAUGCCUGGUAAAGCCAAGAAGGGUCAGGACUUUUUCCCUUAUAGGCAGGCUACACAUCCAAAAAAGAUGGUCAAGAAGGAAGAGUUUAGUCCUGGGUGUGAUCAUGAGUCAACAUCAGAUGAAGACAAAACACCCCGACCUGUCCCGUCUGGUACUAAUACCAAACUCUACAGGCACCCUAAAUCAUCAGAGAACCUUGGUUUCAGCUCAGACAGUAGUCCAGAGAGACCCGUGAGAGUGAAAGCUAAACUUGUUGCUCCUGAAUACGUCCGGGUGCCCAGUCCUGAUGUGAGUGCCAGCCGUGAGCAGCGUAAAGCAACAAGGGAAACCUUGUUCCCUGGAGAAGAUAACAGCAGGGGGCCGAGUCAACCUCCAACCAGAGCCAAUAUCAACAAGAAGACAAACAGUCAUCAGUUUGCCAACCUGCCUCCACCAAUCUUGCAGAGUGUCAAGUUUGGGGAGAGUCCUAAGUUAAAGAGGGCUGUCCUUACAAAGCCACCCCCUGCUCCAGCCCUGACAAAGUACAAGGAAAGCCAGGUGCACCUCCAGCCGCCUGGUUGCCGGGACUCCGUCUCCACAGUGGACAGUGCUGCUCUUGCUCAACCGUUUGACGACAUGACUGAAGAGUACAUGAACAUGUUGAUGGACCACCAGGCUGUAGAGAUUGCCAUUCCUGAUGAUCCAGAACGGUCCUCCUCUGUCGAGUCCCUGAUGCAUCUGGUGUCCGGGUCCGACAGGCAGCAGAACAACGCCACUCCAGAGACCAAACCCUAUGCAUCCUUUUCUCCUAGAGGAUACAUCCCCCUAGCUGAUGAGGAGGACUACGAGUCUUCGGGUGGUGACUAUGAAGCAGACUUGGAAGGUAAGAACUGCCCACUAGUAGGGAUUGACGAUGUAUGAUGCUCAGCCAAGCCACAUCAUAAUCUCGUGAUCAGAGCCCAUUCAACUCUCCUACUAUAACAACACCAAACUUCAGAAUAGUAUGAACAAAAUCAUCUUAAUAUCUAGACAAAAAUAUUUUGAAAUCAACACUGAAUUAGACAAGUUAUUCUUUAUACUUAGCUAUAUUUGCCACAGCAGAAGUGGGAAACCUUUUUAAUGCAAUUGUUAUUAAACAAGAAUAAGGUUUUGAAACCUUGCAAUUUAAUGGUAUAAAACCAAGGCUAUUCUCCUAAGGGAAAAUAUUGUUAUUUUAAAAAUCUGAGAAAAAUGUUACUUAUUUGAGUUUUCAGGAAAGAUUAUAUCUUUUCACAAAAUUCACAUUCUUUCUCAUCAAUUCUGCCUCAUCUUUUUAUGUUCUCUGAAAUUUUCAUGUUUAAAAGGCAUAUAUUGUCCUUUUCUGAAAUUGUCUAUCUUUUAUAUCACAUUAUACCAAAUAUUUGCCGAUUAGAAUUGAAUAAUAUUUAAGAUUUUGCAACAGUUACUCACAGUAAAUAUCUCAUCAACAUCAAUGUCUAUUUACUACUCACACAUGCUGAAAUCUUCUCUGAAAUAUAUUUGUAUUGAUCUUAGCCACAAUGAGAUUCAACCAAGUACAGAUGUAUGAAAACAAUUUGUACAAUAUUUGAAGUGAAAUAGAUCAUUUUAAGAUGGGCUUUUUUAUGUUUUGGAAUUAAAAAUUCUCUGCAUGGUUUGAAGUGAUGUGGGUCGAAAAGAAGAAAUAUUGUAGUGCGUCUGUUGAGAGCAGGACGGGCAUUAACCCUGUGUGAAGGUAUAUUGUUAACGCCCUUCUGGCUCUUAACAGAUAAGUAGCCAUCUGGACCAGGCUACUCAAGUAUUUGGAUGAAUAAUUGAAAAAUGAAGGCAAAUAUCGGAAAAUAAAGUUUCGUUUCUUCUUCAGAAUUGAUAAAGAUUUCUGUAUGGAACUUAUCCCAAGCAUUGUUUAUCUGUAGUUACAGGACUAUCUAAUUCGCAAGAAAUUCAAUUUUUUUUAGUUGCUAUUACCGAUAUUGAAAAGUUUACUCAACAUGCCUAAAGGGGUUGGAGGGCAAAAGGAUAAUGCAAGGUUCGUAAUGCAAUUUUUGAGCAAUAGGAUUUUACUUUGCCAACUAUAACAAUGCAGUUUACAUCCCCCUCAAAGCAAUUUUUAUUUCAGUUUAUACUAGGUGUGUGCAUGCAAAUCAUCCUAUGUUAUUCAGUAUAAUAUACUUUUUAUUUAAAAGUACUCAUAUUUUGUGGUAUUCAUAGUCUGAUCAGAUGAGUAGUUUUGGCAAGGUAGAUGACAUUUAAAAAAAAACCUUUGAUCCAUCUACUGUACAAGUUAACUUGGCGUUUACUUAAAAACAGCUCAUUCAUUCAUUUAUUUAGAAACAUUCGUUUAAAAACAGCUCAAUGACAAAUGUUCUAUCCAUUGAACAGGGAUACUCAAGGAAGUGUUUUUUUUUAAAGUUCUAAUCAAAUCAAAUCUUCACUGAUGUGUUGGUGACAU